AUGGAAGGAGAUAAAGAGCAUCCGUUGGUAAUCGGAAAAUUCAAAAAUCCUCAUGGUUUUAAAAAUAUUAAUAUGAAUAAUCUUGGGAUUCAAUAUGCAAAUAGUAAUAAAUCUUGGAUGACCAGUUUAAUUUUUAAAAACUGGGUUGAACGGUUAAAUUCCAAAAUGAGUGUGGAAAAUAGAAAGAUUUUGCUUCUUUUAGAUAAUGCGCCAGUUCACUAUUUUGAUGGCGAAUUCAGUAAUAUCGAAUUGUAUUUUCUUCCUCUAAAGACAACAUCUAAGAUUCAACCAAUUGAUCAAGGGAUUGUGCAUUCAUUUAAUCGUUGUAUAAAAAAGGAAUGA